AUGACGUUCACUCUCACUACCACCAUCCUCUCCCUCCUCACCCUCUUCAUCACCAUCAUCUCAGCCGCCCCAGUGGGCGGCGGCUUCGGCGGUUUUGGCCGCGCCGCCGUGGGCGGUCCCGGUCCAGCCGUCGGUGUCGGUCCCGGUCCAGCCGUCGGCGUCGGUUUCAACGCCGCUCCAUAUGGCUACGGUUACGGCUACGGCUUUAACCGCGCCUUCAACAACUUCGCCGCCUAUCCCUACGGCUACGGCUACGGCUUCAACCAAUUCAACGCGUUCCCGUACGGCAUGGGCUUCAACCGUGUCAACAACAUCGGCGGCGGUUGUCCGGCUCCCGUCAUCUACAACGAGAUCCCCGCUCCUAUGCCGUCUCCUCCGCCCGUGGUUGUAAACGAUAUCCAGUCUCCACCUCCUCAGGCUCCGCCUACCGUUAUCAACAAUAUGGAUCCUAACCCUCAGCCUAACCUGCCGCCUACUGUCGUCAACAACGUCCCGCCCCCUCCUCCUAAGCCUAUGCCGCCCAUGAUCGUUAACAAUAAUGUGGCGGAUGACUGCGACUGCGAUGAUUGCGGGUGCGGCAACAAUUUCGGCACUGCCCAGUUCGUUCAGCAGGAUGUCGAGUAUGUUGAACAGCCGGCGGUUGCGUACAGGCCGAUCGGCACCACCAGCUUUGUGGAGGAUGUUGAUUAUGCCGUUGGUGAAGUUGAUGAUGGUGUGGUAUUUGGGGGACAGAGUGUUGUUUAUCCUUAG